CAAUGUUGUUUAAAAGUAUCGAGUACUUUGUGUUUGCCGCAGCGCAUGUCGUAAUAAUAAUAAAUUAAAAGCAAAUAUCAAUUAAAAUAUCAUAACUAUGGCACAAAGCAGGCUCGAAAAGAUUGGUACCAUCUUCACCAGAAUUCAGGGUCUGUUGCGAGGAGGCGCAAUGAAAGCGGAGGACAAACCCAUUUGGUAUGAUGUAUAUGCAGCAUUUCCGCCCAAACUGGAGCCGCGUUAUGACCGCCCAGCAUCCAAUUUGCCCAUACGCAGGAUUUUCUACGCAGAGGAUGUAGUGCGAGCAAAACUUCAUAAGCAAAACAGACCCAACGAAACCAUUUCAUUAACGGAUCACAGGCGCAACACGCAAUCUCAGCAGUUUGUGCAGCUCUACGAGAAUCUAAGAUCACAGGGUGCGCUGGAUGAGCAACGUAUCUAUGAAACAACACUCGAUUUGCUGGCCGAGCAACGACAACAACUGCGUUCUGAAGAGAGAGCAGACGAUAAUUUGGGAACAUUACCUAGUGAUGAGCUGGAGACCAACAAGAGCUCGUUGCUCAAUGAUUUCCAGCAAGCAGAGGAGCAGCAGACAACGACUCCAACUUCAACUCCCGGCAAAGCGAAAAAGGAAGGCGUAGGCAUUAACAUAGACAGUUUAUUCAAAGAUUAGACUUGUGAUUUCUAUGGUGAACUUAAUAUACAUUUCUAAUGUGCUGUUGUUAAA